UUAUUUUUUAAUUUUUUCGAUGUAUUCCUCGCCAUGCAGGCCCUCGUAUUUUUACCGAGUCAGGGGAUACAUAUUUUCGAACUAUUUGUUGGCUUUGACAUUGAUUCUCUUGUGGAAAGCCAGUCGAUGGUAACGCUGAUUGCUGUAUUGAGGCCUUGGCCAUGGAUGUCGAUGAUGGAGAAGCUUGGGAACAGAUCACUGUGGAGAAGACCUCCGACAGUUGGGCUCUUAGAGCCAUGGCUUCUGCUAGAGCUGCAUUUAACUCAGAUUGCAAAUGGAACACCUGGCUCUGCAGAGAUGAUACAAAGGCAACACAACCAUACACAGGGUCCCUCAGCCUUGCCUUGGCUUCAUAAACCAUACUGGUCACAGCGUCUUCUCUGUCAUCCACUGGAACCUCCUGUUUGAGAUAUAGCAGGUCACUAAGGGCACAUAUAAAAAUAAUUAACAAUAAUUUAUGAAAUGAUGACAAUGUCAUCACUAUGCGAUUAGUUAAAACAAUGUGAUAGACUAUUUUUAAUAUGACGGACUCCAUUUAAAACGAAAGAUUCUGCUAUUUGAACCAACAUGAUGAAGUGUGCAUUGUUCACACAGCACCACCAGACUAUCUGAUUUAAGUAUUGUUGUAUUAGCUUGACAAAUGAAACAAAUGAGAUUCUUGAU